GCCUCAGACUGCUAGAAUAGUAAGAACCUUUUCUCCCCGUCUGUCUCUCUCGCUCUCUCCGUCUGUCUCUUCACUCCCAUCUCUCCCUCUCUCUCUCCAUUUGUCCUCCUCUCUCUCUCACACACACAGACACACGGCAUUAUAUGCUAUCCGUCUAUCCAUCCAUCCAUCCAUCCAUCCAUCCCGUGCACAGCCCAGUGAAGGAUCAGCUAGACAGAAAAAAGCAACAGAUCAUGUUCUCAGAAGCAGAUCCAGCACAGCUCUGAGACAUCAGCUUCUGAGAUGAGACUCCAUACAUCCUAAUUCUCUGUCCUGAAGACCUGGACAGAAACAAAACAAAACAAGGACUUUGCAGACACCAAAAGAAGUCUGGACAUUAUAUUUUCACAGGAUUUUUGAACCCAAACCAGGUCCACCGGGACGUACGAGGGUGCUUCGGCGUUUGUUUUUCUCUCUUUUUCGUGGCUGGCGAAGGGGCCGGUGAAAGUUAGCCAAGACGCCGCGUGCCGUGCUCCGCGUGAAGAAUGCCCAGGCGCGCCUGCCCAAGCCUGUGGACACGGCGCCGGCACCCACGCCGGGCCUUUACAUGGAGCGGUCACAAAGUCGCAUCAGCUUGUCCGCAUCCUUUGAGGCCCUGGCCAUCUACUUCCCCUGCAUGAACUCCUUCGAUGAGGACGAUGGCGACCCAGAGGGCCGCAGGUUAAAGAGCAUUCAGAGGAGUACAGAGACAGGGCUGGCAGUAGAGAUGCCCAGUCGUACGGUCCGACAGGCGAGCCACGAGUCCAUCGAGGACAGCAUGAACAGCUAUGGCUCAGAGGGAAAUCUGAACUACAGUGGAAUGUGUUUGGCAUCAGAUGCUCAGUUUAGUGACUUUCUGGAUGGGAUGGGGCCGGCUCAGUUUGUGGGGAGACAGACAUUAGCUACAACUUCACUGGGAGAUGUUGAGAUCGGUCUGAUGGAGAGGAACGGGCAGCUGGAGGUUGAGAUCAUUCAGGCUCGAGGACUCAUCAUGAAGCCUGGAUCUAAGGGCCCUCCAGCGGCCUACAUUAAAGUGUACCUUCUGGAAAAUGGCAUCUGCAUUGCCAAAAAGAAGACGAAGUCUGUUCGGAAAUCGCUAGAUCCCCUUUACAAUCAAGUCCUUGUUUUUUCAGAGAGCCCGCAGGGAAAGGUUGUACAGGUCAUUGUUUGGGGAAACUAUGGCCGGAUGGAUCGUAAAUGCUUUAUGGGCGUGGCACGCAUCCUAUUGGAGGAGCUGGAUUUGACAAACAUGGUGAUUGGCUGGUACAAGCUUUUCCCCACCUCUUCUAUGGUGGAUCCCACAAUGGCGCCGCUGAUCCGACACUCCUCACAGCUCUCUCUGGAGAGCACCGUGGGGCCGUGCUGUGAACGCUCCUAAGACUAACAACUCAACUAGAUUUAUUUUUCUCUGGAAGGGCUCUCACAGCCCCUGGUUGUGCAUGACUGCAGCACUGGAACCCUCUGGAAUGUUCUAGAAUUUCUUCAGAACAAAUAGCCUUUCUGGAAUAUUCCAGAAUCGACCACAGAGGGAAUGCUCUUUUUCAGCCUCCGAGAAAAAGACUUCAGGACAGGCAAAGAAUGCAGACCAAACGUCUGGGCUUUAUUUUAGCUUUCAACACAUUAGCUUGUGAUGGUCCGUAUGUCUUUCAGAGGAAACGUCCUCAAUUUAAAAUUGAUUUCCAGAAAACAGGCCAAUGUUUGUGGGUGCUGCAACGGAUUGAUUCCUAUUAGAUGAAACGGAUGGGCUUGUGCAAUAUGACAUACGAUAGAAAGAAGAAUGUAUCGGUAAAAAAGUGCGGGUUUGCAUUCAUUAUCUUGCGUAAUUAACAAUACAGGAACAGAUAUAUGUCUUAAAAAGAUUCAAUAUGUGUAGUUUGACAAGAGUCAAUGAUCUUUUUCUGUUCGUGUCUCUUCUGUUUCGUCUUUCUCAUUACUGAACAGUGCCAAUGUUGCCAGCAAGUGGCUUUAUUUGUGGUUAGUGUCUAUAUUCAGUGACUAGAUGCUUUAUUGAUCAAUAAUCUAGCCAGACACAAAUUUGAAAAGAGAGAUGAUAAUUGUCCACAGUCUUUUCCCGAGGUAACAGUGAUAUAUUCCAGAUGAGGAAUGUUGAUGUCACUGUAUAUUUUUCCACACUAAUAGUAUAUGGAAAAAAGAAAAUGGAUGCAAGACACUUAAGUAACAUAUGGUUAUAGAGUGCUUAAUGUCAGUAAAUUAUAUACUUACAGUUAUAACUGCAGUAGUGGCCAACAGGUUUUUAAUGGCUGAUACCGAUAUCUAGAAAGUGAUAGAAAGCAGACAUGAUAUAUACAUAUAUAAUAACAAAUGACAAAUAUUUGAAAAUUUAUGCUAUCGAUCAACAAAGUUGUGAUUUUUAAAACUGACACUAUGCGGAAUGACCACUUCUGUAAAUCGGCCAAUUGGACAAAAAAUGGCCAAAUAUCGAUCAAAUUAAUGGGCCUGGUCGAUAGAUAUUUUACAGUCUAUCAGUAAUUAUAAAAAGAUAAUUUCAUUUUGCACUUUAUGAUCUUAAAUGUCUUUCUUACAAGCAACCGCUAGUUUGGCAUAAGCCAAAGUUAAUUUUCUUCUUUAUAUUAUUAUAUUAUUUGUGACUUCAGGAUGCAGAAUCUUUAGUAGCAAUGAUAAGGUUGUAGCAUUAGAUAGUAGCAUACGCAUGAAAGGCAUCUUAGUUUGCCACGAUCUAAUGAGAAUUUGCAUGGAAUUGGAUUAUAGAGCGUUUUCGCUGGCAGUCGAGCAAACAUGUAGCAGCGAAUGAUCAAACAAAUACUGUUACACUGCACAGAGAUAUACUCUGUGCCAUCUUUAUUAAUAAAUAAUACUGAUACAAUUUCUUUUCAUAUGUCCUGAAAUGGUGAAAAGCAAAACAUUUAUACAUGCUAGCACAGAAAACUAAAUGGAAGAAAACAGCAUUCUGCAUAGACAAGAAUUUUUAUGUCCAGCAUAACAAUAUGACUAUUUGUGAAGGAAAUACAAGAUUUACCACUAGACAAAAGGAUUUUUUAAAAAGAUUUAUUCCUCUCUGAGAGUCUCGGGAGUGAUUAUUUCAAUUAACGCUGAAAAACAUACCUCAAACACCCUCAACAUAAUCAUGUUGUUAAGGCCAUAUAAAGCACUGCCACAUUCUUUUCGAAGAAUUAAAUGUUCAUUGUCUUAAAAAGCAAUAACUAAAUCAAUUUUUGCUCACUUUAUUUGUUACAGGGAGUAAAGCCAGAUUGUCUCUGCAUUACAUUAGAAACUUCUGCAUCCAUGUAGCAAUAUAGUAGAUACUCAGUUUUAGACGAAGCACUGAAUGUCUGAGAUCCUCAACAAUUUAGUGCCAAAAAAGUGCAUUUCAUGAUGUGUUGAUGGGCUAAAAGAAAUUAAUGAUUUGGAAAAGCUUAAAGAAGCUUGAAAAAAAUGAGCAAUGUAGUGAUUAGCACUGUAUAUUAAAGGUACACUAAGUAACUUUUGGCCCUCUAGCGGUUAAAGAACAAAACUGCAUGCAAUUUGCAGAAAAACUUUGUUUUGGUUGUGCUUCGGCUCUGCGUGACUGUGUGGAUGAAUAUGGUUAUCCUACUGUUCAUAAAACAUUCAGUUCUAGGCUUAAGUAUGGAAGCUUGUUUCCGCUAUGAAAUAAAAAAUAAAAAAUUUAAUGGCGACUUUUUAUCUCACAAUUAUGACUUUUUUCCUCACAAUUGCGAGUUAUAAAGUCAGAAUUGCGAGAUAUAAAGUCAGAAUUGACAGUUAUAGUCAGAAUUGCUAGUUAUUAAGUCAGAAUUGUGAGAUUAAAUUAAUAAUUGCAUGUUAUAGUCAGAAUUGCGAAUUUAUAUUGCAAUUCUGACUUUACAAGACGCAAUUGCCAGUUUAUAUCAUGCAUUUCUGACUUUAUAACUCGCAAUUCUAAGAAAAGUCAGAAUUGCGUGAUUAAAAACUCGCAAUUGCGAGAAAUAAGUCAGAAUUGAGACUUUAUAUCUUGCAAUUCUGACUUUAUAACUCUUGCAAUUGCGAGAAAAAAAAGUUGUGACAACUAAAUUAUCUUAUGUCACUCCCACACUAUAUACCCAUCAAAGUAGCCGGAGAAACAUUUCUCUAUUUACGGAUAUGAAGUGACACACGCGGUGAGUGACGUAUGUAUGCAAUUUCCCGCGAAAACCAUCCCGCUAGCUCUAAAAUAUAAACACUUAUAACAGGCUUACCAUAGUGAAUCAGGGUAAGACAAAACACGUUUUGGAAGACGCAUUCAUGAUGUAUUGACUUAUUAUUAUGUAUUGACUUGUUAAUUAUUUAAAUUUUGUUAUUCUGAACAACAAAAAAAGUAUAGUGUACCUUUAAUAUAAACCAUAUAUAUUAAUAUACAUCAAUUUAAUAUAGCAUAAUUCCAUUGAUCAUAGUCAAUCACUGUCUGAAAAACUACAUAUGAUUCCUGUUCCAUUUUAUUGGUCUGUUUACUGUAAAUAGACAGCUUGGAUUUAGUGGGCAAAACAACAGUAACUCAUCAAAAGAUGGUCAAUAUUGACAUUUUAGUUUUUUAGGCUGUAAUACUUUGGUUAAGCAACACAAUUCUUCUGUUUAUAUCAGCAUGAUGGUCUUGCUGAUAGGCUACUGUAAAAUGGAUUGGAUAUAUUUGCAUAAUAGCUUUUAAACUCCAAAUACACUCCAAAUGUUUAAAAGAAUGUGAUUUAUAGAGCAUAAAAAUUAAUCAUCUCCAUUCCACAUGUUGAAUUAGGAAUAGUUUUUGUAAAGCCUUAACUUGUAAACCAGAGGUCUUAACACAAUUCAAUUGUACGGCGGAGAAACGAGCAUGCAAGAAUGUCAUUCUGUUUUUAUGUGUAUUUCUGUCUUUCUCUUUCUUUUUGUAAUUAAUUUUAUUUCAAUCUGGUAAAUAGUCAUGGCCUUUCGUCAUCACAAUUUUCACCACACAUUUUUGUUACUACUUAACGAUUUACCAUAUCAAAUAUACUUGUUGAAGUUGAUAUGGCAAAAUAAUCAACAUAUUCCUAAAUUGGAUGCUGUGAUAUUUUUCUUUGUGGAGAUACUUGUUUAAUUCCUUAAUACUAUUUAUUAUAUGUAAAAUAAUGAAUUUGAAUUCGUAAAAUAAUGUCACUGUUAAUACAUGCACAAUUUAGUGUAUUGUUACUCUGUUGAAAAUGGUUAUAAAGAAUAAAAUAGCUCACUCUGAUUUACAAAA